UGAGACGAGACAGUUCCGGUCCUGCUCUUCGCAUCCAGUCGCUGCUCCGCUCCUCUUUUUUUCCUCUCUCUCUCUCGCUCUCACGCCGGCGAUCCGGAAUUCUAAGUCGUCGCAGAAGCUCCGGAGACGGCGAGAAGAUGAGGGAGAUCCUCCACGUCCAGGGCGGGCAGUGCGGGAACCAGAUCGGGGCCAAGUUCUGGGAGGUGAUCUGCGACGAGCACGGCAUCGAUGGCACCGGGAAGUACACCGGCGACUCUGAUCUGCAGCUCGAGAGGAUCAAUGUAUACUACAACGAGGCAAGUGGCGGGCGCUACGUUCCCCGUGCUGUCCUCAUGGAUCUUGAACCGGGAACCAUGGAUUCCGUCAGAUCUGGGCCGUUUGGCCAGAUCUUCCGCCCCGACAAUUUCGUGUUUGGACAGUCUGGGGCGGGGAACAACUGGGCCAAGGGACACUACACUGAGGGAGCGGAGCUUAUUGAUUCGGUCCUAGAUGUUGUGAGAAAGGAAGCGGAGAAUUGUGACUGCUUGCAGGGCUUUCAAGUUUGCCAUUCUCUUGGAGGAGGAACUGGGUCUGGCAUGGGCACCCUUCUUAUCUCUAAGAUUAGGGAGGAAUAUCCUGAUAGAAUGAUGCUAACAUUCUCUGUUUUCCCAUCACCGAAGGUGUCUGAUACAGUUGUGGAGCCAUACAAUGCUACUCUCUCAGUUCACCAGCUCGUCGAAAAUGCUGAUGAAUGCAUGGUCCUUGACAAUGAAGCAUUGUAUGAUAUCUGCUUCCGCACUCUUAAGCUUUCAAAUCCUACUUUUGGUGAUCUGAAUCAUCUUAUCUCUGCUACGAUGAGUGGCGUUACAUGCUGUCUCCGCUUCCCUGGUCAGCUCAAUUCUGACCUCAGAAAGCUUGCUGUAAACCUCAUUCCUUUCCCGCGCCUGCACUUCUUUAUGGUGGGGUUUGCACCAUUGACCUCCAGGGGCUCACAGCAAUACAGGGCUCUGACAGUCCCCGAAUUGACCCAACAAAUGUGGGAUUCCAAGAACAUGAUGUGUGCUGCUGAUCCUCGUCAUGGUCGUUACUUAACUGCCUCAGCCAUGUUCCGUGGAAAGAUGAGCACCAAAGAAGUCGAUGAGCAGAUGCUCAAUGUUCAGAACAAAAACUCUUCCUACUUCGUCGAGUGGAUUCCGAACAAUGUGAAAUCCAGCGUGUGUGACAUGCCACCCAACGGACUGAAGAUGGCUUCCACGUUUAUUGGGAACUCAACGUCCAUCCAAGAGAUGUUCAGGAGGGUUAGCGAACAAUUCACGGCCAUGUUCAGGAGAAAGGCUUUCUUGCACUGGUACACUGGAGAGGGUAUGGAUGAGAUGGAAUUCACCGAGGCCGAGAGCAACAUGAAUGAUCUGGUGGCAGAGUACCAGCAGUACCAAGAUGCCACAGCAGAAGAGGAGUACGAGGAAGAAGAAGAAGAAGAAGAGGAACCCACUGAAUGAGUCAUUUCGAUCUCGGAAAUGUCUUGCUUUUGUGAGUGCCCAUUGGAUCAAGACAGUAGUUCUACAUUGUGUGUUUGUAUUCCUAGUAAUGCUAUUUGUGAUAUUGAGUUGAACCUUGUUAUCGCACUCAUCGAGUAAUUUCAUCAUCUGUAUUUCUGAA